AUGUUCACCGUUUGCAAGAGUGCAGCAGGGGCAACGCUGGUCGCCAGCCUGCAAAGGUAUGGUGUGCGCGCAAUGUCCUCGUCGGUGGUGCAGAAUCCGAAAUUGGGCGAAUUCCCGCUCGAAAAUGAGCCUGUACUCGCAUACCGGAAAGGUUCAAAGGAACGCAAAGAACUGGAGAGUGCACUGAAGAAGGCGACGGCCAAGAUGGAAGACGUGCCGAUCAUUAUCGGUUCGGAAGAGAUCCGUUCGAAGGAGGUUCGCCACCAGGUGAUGCCACACAACCAUAAACACAAGCUGGCUCAGUUCUACUACGCCGACCAAAAGCUAGUCCAAAAGGCGAUCAAGACAGCGACGGAAACGCAGGUCAAGUGGGACCGCACACCGCUCGACGAACGUAUUCGCAUCUGGCAGAAGGCUGCCGAUCUGAUGGCCGGCCCGUACCGACAGGAACUGAACGCAGCUACCAUGCUCGGCCAAGCGAAGACGGUGAUCCAAGCGGAAAUUGAUUCUGCGGCCGAGUUGAUCGAUUUUAUCCGCAUGAACACGUACUAUCUGAAGGAGGCAGCAAAAUAUCAACCGAUUAGCGAGGAUGCGAAGGUAACGAAGAAUUCGAUGCGGUUCCGUGGUAUCGAUGGGUUCAUUGCCGCCGUCAGUCCGUUCAAUUUCACUGCCAUCGGAGGUAAUCUGGCGUACACGCCCGCCCUCAUGGGUAACGGUGUGCUGUGGAAGCCGUCCGAUACUGCCCUGCUGUCGAACUAUGUCAUUUUCAAGAUUAUGCGGGAGGCCGGCGUACCACCCGGUGUGGUAAACUUCGUGCCCACGGAUGGUCCUGUAUUUGGCGAUACGAUCACGGCUUCGCCGCAUCUGGCCGGUAUUAACUUUACCGGUUCUGUUCCAACGUUCAACCGGUUGUGGCGCCAGGUGGGUGAGAACAUUAACAACUACAACAAUUUCCCCCGACUAAUCGGCGAGUGCGGUGGCAAGAAUUAUCACUUUGUACAUCCGUCUGCGGAUGUCGAGUCGGUGGUAAACGGCACGAUCCGGUCGGCGUUCGAGUUCUGUGGCCAGAAGUGUUCGGCCUGUUCGCGUAUGUACGUGCCCGAAUCCCUGUGGCCGAAGGUGAAGGACGGUUUGCUAAUGAUCCGUGACACACUGAAGGUGGGCGACGUGACCGAUUUUUCCAACUUUACUUCGGCGGUCAUCGACGACAAAGCAUUUGCACGCAUCAAAUCAUACAUUGACCAUGCUCGCAGUUCCAAAAAUCUAACCAUUCUCGGUGGUGGCAAGUGUGACGACAGCAAGGGCUACUUCAUUGAACCGACAAUUGUGCAGACAACUGACCCAAAAGAUCGUAUUAUGACUGAGGAAAUCUUCGGCCCGGUGCUUUCGAUCUAUGUGUAUAAGGACAAGGAUCUCGAUAGUGCCAUGAAGCUCGUCGGCGGCUCGACCCGAUUCGCGCUCACCGGUGCUGUGUUCGCGCAGGACGAAGCAUUCCUCAAGCGAGCUCUGGACGAGUUCAAGAUGACGGCCGGUAACUUCUACCUUAACGACAAAUCAACUGGCUCCGUCGUCGGUCAGCAACCAUUUGGUGGUGGUCGUAUGUCCGGCACGAACGACAAAGCCGGUGGUCCGCAUUACGUGCUCCGGUGGGCUACACCACAAUCGAUCAAAGAAACGUUUGUACCGCUGAAGGACAUCGACUAUCCGUACAUGCGCGAGUAA